UCUUUUCUCAGAUAAAAAAUGGACUUUGAAAAAGAGCUUUCGCGGCGCGAGUUCCACCCAAGUAAAUUUGUGGAUGGACUAACGCGCGUUACUGCUUCCGGAAGAGAUUUUGAUGAAUUCGAGAAGCAGAUGAUGAAGAUCGAACAAGCUUCGAGCGAAAAGCUGAAGAAAGCUGUCUACCAUUUCUACCCUAUGUUCAUCAGAACUUCGAAGGAAAUAUUAGCUAUGGAAUCUGAAGUUACGAGAGCAGUGCAUGCCAUGGAAGAGCAGAAGGCUUUCUUGUCGUCACUGUUGGAAUUAUCGAUAUCUGGACAAAAGCCUCCUGGCAGCAGCAAGGAGGCAGAUCUGCCUAUUUUCGGGGAUCGAAGUCGACAACCAAGAUCUGCCAGUGUCGAUAGAUCGACUCCCAACAGGAAUGAUCCUGUGCUGGAAGACGACUCUAAACGAAAAGCUGGUCUGAAAAAACUUGAGGCAGUUGAAGGAGCGACGCACGUUAUUGAGUCGGGGAACCGGUCGCUCCUGCACGACGGUCGUGUGAGAGAAAUCCAUCCUGAUUCAGGAGGAGAACUAGAAGAUGUCCAUUUGUUUCUCCUCACGGAUUGUUUGUUGGUUGCCACUGCGCUUGUUCAGCCGCGUGGUCCAAUCCGCUUCAGAAUACAAACAUCGUAUCCAAUAGACACUGUGGCCUUCGUCAAUGUCCGAGAACUCGGUGGGGUCAAGCUGGCUUUCAAGGUACUUACUCCGACAUCUUCUCGAACUUUCCAAUGCUUGGAUAUUGAUACUAAGAAACAAUGGCUGGAAUCCUUUGACAACUUACGAAAGCAACUAGUGUGGGAAAAAUCUCAGAAACAAAUGCAGAGUGGUGGGCAGGAUGGAGACGGUAUGAACCCCCAAGCUCCGUCUCCCCCGGACAGCCCUGCUCCUUUGCCCCGAGAACGGGUUGGCACCAUACUAAGGAAAAAAGAGCAAGGAGAAAAGAAUCGGAAUAGAAGCUUGAGUCCUGUAUCGCCCACGCUGGAAAGCUUGUCGGAAUCAGCCGGAUUUCCGGAGUCGUUCGGUAUACCGAGCCAAACCUCAGGACUUCACAAUCUUCCUGAAUGGCUGAGACGUGCCCCACGUGACUUGGAAGUUGCUCUUGCGCUGAGAAACUUGACUGAAGCCGCUGAACUAGCUCAAAAGGCUGAAGAAUAUUUUGACACCAAACCAGCGUCCGGUUCAGCCGAGAUUGAGCAUCUUCGAAAAAUUGAAACUCAUAAAGCCGCAGUGAUUGAGCUACUUGCUAGUGACUUGGUGGUGAGACCCGAGAAGCCUCUGCAGAAAGCGCCUGGUGCGAUGAGAGGCACUGUUCAAACCCUCAGUAUGCUAGGUUUAUCAUCCACUGCUGCACAAUUAUAUCUUGCGCAUCGGAGCGCAAUUCUGCGACAGGAACGGCGUGAACACCGUUUGGGGGAAGAAAUAUUUUCGUAUUUACAAGGAACCGCGCAGAGCUUUUUUCAAAGUGCCUUACAAACAGCUGAAGACUUCCAGACCACAUUUGCUGCUUAUCCGUGUUGCUUUUCUAUUCUCGUUGACUGGGUUCAACAGGAGACGUUACAAGUUCUCAAAUCGUUUGAAACUGUGUGCGUCGUAUGUCCGAGUAUCUCGUCUCUGAGUGACUGCAUCAUGGCAGUUAGAAAAUACAGCAAACUGUUGUGGGAUGUUGGAAUCGAUGUAACCCUGACAGUGGAAAGAGCCUUGCGUGCGCAGCUCAAUUCUCUAAUUAACUCGAGUCGAGAUACUCUGCUGGAGUCGAUCCGUGGGCGUUGGAGAAUUCCGGAACGAGAAGCUGCUUCUGGCAAACCGCUUGAUUCAGCGCCGCAGUGGCAGCCGACAAACCUGCACAACGAGUUGAAUGCCAAAAAGUGGAUUGAUACCAUGAGGAGCUUGGGAAUCGUGGAGCCGGAAAUUUAUGUUUAUGUUUUCCAAUCCCGUAGACUAAAGUGGAUUGAUACCAUGAGGAGCUUGGGAAUCGUGGAGCCGGAAAUUUAUGUUUAUGACAAAGUAUUCGUCUCCUUGAGUAGCGCGACGAUUGACUUCGCGCAGGCGUUUCUUUUGUUCGUCACUGACGUUGCCAAGGUUAGUUGCACCGAGUUGGUUACUUCGGGUGGAUCCGCAAUCGGAACAGUCUUUGCUGAACAAAUCACGGCGUAUCGCAAAGCGCUGGAUCGUGCUGGAAAUAAUCCUGCUAUUCUUGAAACGAUUGAAAAGAACGUUGACUUCUUGUACGAAGAAGUUCUCUCGGCCGCCAAAAAGAAGUACGAAGAAAUCGUCGGUUCUCCAUGCUCUGUUUUGGUGGAAUUGACUGGUGACGGGUCUUUCGGUGACCAAGACGUCGAGCCAGGAGCCCGAGGUGAUGACGGGUUUUCUUCGAAAAAAGCUUACGCCGACGAUGAUUACGUUUUCCACUUCCAGGGCUUGUUUGGAAUGAGUGAAACCAUUUGUCCCGCGAAGCGCUUGAAGUGCCAUGUCGAUGUUACGGAAGACGAUCUCCGCGAAAAAUGUGAUCCCGUGACUCCAGGAAAUCCAGAGUGUCUUUCUGAGCCUGCAACUUUCAGCGAUCUUAAAAACAAUGUUGUAUCGAAAGAGCAAGACGAAUCAUCCGGAGAGGACAAGUCUUCAGAUGGGAUUAUCGUCGAGAAGGAUUCGAUUGAGAGUAAAGCUUCCGAGAUGUCCAAACGUCAGCGGAAGAAGCUCGCGAAGAAACAGGCUUACCUGGAGAGCUUGCCGGAAAGACGCAAGCAAGAGCGAGAAAAGAGGAAGCAGAGAAGAAAACUACCGAUUGAACAACGACCCGAGAAAGUGUUAGUGAGAAGCAUGCGGGAAUCGAGUUGUAAGAUCAGAGUCGCGCUGGAUUUUGCGUAUGAUGAUAUCAUGAGCGAGGUUGAGAUUAACCAGGCUUUCAAGCAAGCCAUGCGGUGCUAUAGUUCGAAUCGCCGAGCUAAAAAUCCUUUGCAGCUGUAUUUCACUCACCUGAAUGGAAAUAGUCGCCAGCGCUGUGAAAAGCAAUCUGGUUUUGAGGCGUGGGACCUGCACGUGGAAUUGAAUCCGCUCCACGAAAUUUUCCCGCCGAAUGACGUCGUAUAUCUUACCUCGGAGUCGGAGAACGUGCUUGAGUCGCUGAAUGAAACAAAGGUUUAUGCAAUCGGGGCAUUCGUCGACCACAACCACAGAAAGGGAGAGAGUUUGCAGAGAGCCGAGAAGUACGGUUACUGUCACGCUCGUUUACCUAUAAACGAGCACGUGGACAUGAAGACACGACAAGUCCUCAGUCAUUUCCACGUUUUCUGUAUUCUCCUUGACCGGACCGAAGGGAAAUCGUGGGAAGACAGUCUGUGUGACAACAUUCCCAUGAGAAAGGGUGUUAAGAUUAAGAAUAAGAAAGAGAGGAUCGGUUCUCUGAUCAGCGCUCGACGUUCCUACUCGCUUUUAGACUCGCUGACGAAUGUGAAGAACGAUGAUCAGUGGGUCGAUGCUAAAGCAAUAGUUGAGAAGAAAAUACAUGGUAAAGUGGACUCGAGACGUUGGCUCGAGAUGAGAAAUGUCCUCGAUCAGUACCUGGCUCUCAAGAAUGACAUGAACUCGUUGGAGGAACUCAUUGGCGAAGACAGCGAUGCGGAGCUCAGGAAACUGGCCGAAGAGGACAGGAACAACCUAAAACUUCGCGGCGAAGAACUUACGAGGCAGGCUUUAGAAAUUUUGACCUUCUGCAAAACAGCAGACACGGAUGAAAUCUUGUUGGAAGUGUCCGCGGGAGUAGGUGGUCAAGAGGCCAUGCUUUUCGCGGGCGAGAUUUUCGAGAUGUACCAAACGUUCGCCGAGAGUCGUGGUUGGAGCGUGGAAAUCAAUGCGAAAGAUAAUUCGGAUAUUGGUGGACUUCGUAGUGGCAUUGCUGAAAUCCGAGGGCCAGGAGCGUACAACGUGUUCAAGUAUGAAGGGGGAAUUCAUCGCGUGCAAAGAGUUCCGGCGACGGAGAAAUCUGGCCGUGUUCACACAUCCACUGUCUCCGUAGCCAUAUUGCCUGUUUUUGCCGAUCAAGUUGAAGUUAGUAUCGAUCCCAAAGACUUGAAAGUGGAAACUAUGCGGUCUUCUGGAGCAGGUGGUCAACAUGUCAAUCGUACAGACAGCAAAGUGCGACUGACGCAUUUACCUACAGGAAUCGCUGUUGAAUGUCAGGAACAGCGGAGCCAGCAUCAAAAUAAAGCGAAAGCCCUCCGUGUUCUUUCUGCGAAGCUUAAUCAGUUGCAAAUUGACAGCAAAGCCUCUCACGUCUCUUCGACGCGGAAAAUUCAGGUGGGAACUAAAGCCAGGUCUGAAAAGAUUAGAACGUACAACUUUCACCAAGACCGAAUCACGGACCACCGAAUAGGUUUUUCUGCCUUCGGUGUGAGUAGUUUCUUGAGUCGAGGAACCGGGCUUGAAGAAAUCAUUUGUCAGCUGAAGAAGGAGGAAUUGGCUGAAACUGUUGCCGAAAUUAGAGACGGAGAAACGAAAUGCGCCGCUAUCGUGACGAUGGCAGCGAUUUUAUGUUUUUUGAACAGCAUCGGCGGCGAUUUUGUUUUCGAUGACACGGAAGCCAUUGUGAACAAUGCGGAUGUGCGUCCGGAUUCUCCGAUUGCGAACGUAUUUAUCAAUGACUUCUGGGGUCACCGUCUCACAUCCAACAUCAGCCACAAAUCAUACAGACCGCUCACUGUUCUCACAUUCAGUUUCUUGAGUCGAGGAACCGGGCUUGAAGAAAUCAUUUGUCAGCUGAAGAAGGAGGAAUUGGCUGAAACUGUUGCCGAAAUUAGAGACGGAGAAACGAAAUGCGCCGCUAUCGUGACGAUGGCAGCGAUUUUAUGUUUCUUGAACAGCAUCGGCGGCGAUUUUGUUUUCGAUGACACGGAAGCCAUUGUGAACAAUGCGGAUGUGCGUCCGGAUUCUCCGAUUGCGAACGUAUUUAUCAAUGACUUCUGGGGUCACCGUCUCACAUCCAACAUCAGCCACAAAUCAUACAGACCGCUCACUGUUCUCACAUUCAGAUUAAACGAAUGGCUAGUUGGAGGACAAAAGCCUGCUGCUUUCCAUGUCACAAACGUGAGCCUGCACGCUUUGGUCUCCUUCCUGAUUCAUCAAAUCGUGAUCUUAAGCAGUUUCUGGACUAGUUGGGCGGGCGGAUCUACUAUUGGAACGAGGGAGUGGUGGGCAUUUGCUGCCGGCGUCAUGUUUUUCUCGACUGUUUCCAUGCUUUGCAAAGAGUACGGCAUCACUGUACUGUUGCUGUGUUUUGCCCUUGACUUGGUCGGCCUAACCUUGAAUGGAGGACGAAGUCAUGUUAAAAUGGACGCUGUCAAAGAGCGGCUGACGGUGUUGAGUUUCCUUUGCGUGUUCCUGCUUUAUCUGCGAUGGACUAUCAUGGGAUCAUCUCCCCCGAUUUUCCAACCGGAAGAUAACCCUGCUGCUUUUGCGGAUUCUCUGAUCACGCGAUUCCUGUCCAGAAAUUACCUGUUCGCCCUCAAUGCGUGGAUCAUGAUUUUGCCGGUCUGGUUGUGCUUCGACUGGUCUAUGGGAUGUGUGCCGUUGGUCUCUGAUUACAGGGACCCCCGUGUUCUGGCUGUGUUUGUGUUUUGGGUCUUCCUCCUGGGCAUUGUCGGUCGAGGAAUGGUGGGAGCUUUUCCGCGAGUGUUCCAGGUUGAAGGCUCGAAAAAGGACAGAGAAGCUCAGCGCGAUGACGCAAGGUUGAUCCUGGUGGGUCUGGUGUGGCUUUUCAUUCCAUUCCUUCCAGCAGCGAAUAUAUUUUUUACCGUGGGAUUUGUGAUAGCGGAAAGAGUACUGUACUUGCCGUCUCUGGGAUACUGCAUAAUCCUCACCGUGGGGCUUCGUCGACUGGCCUUGCUCGUUGAAAAGUCUCGAGUUAUGCAGUUUUUUGUGAGAUCACUCGCUGUUAGUCUCCUGGUAAUUUUCGCUGCGAGAUGCGCUCGAAGAAACGGCGAUUGGUCCAACGAGAAAACCUUGUUCACAUCUGGAUUGUCCGUGUGUCCGAAUAAUGCGAAGGUUCAUUACAACGUUGCGAAGCACGCGGCGGAUUCCGGAAAUGCGGAAUUAGCGAUUGAGCAUUACCGCAAAGCACUCGGACUGAAUCCAGUCUAUGACCAGGCUAUGAACAAUCUGGCGAAUUUAUUGAAAGCCCGGGGGCAACUGGAAGAUGCCUUGGGACUUCUGGAGAACGCGACCGCUGUUAGACCGGAUUUUGCAGCUGCUUGGAUGAAUCUCGGGAUUGUUUUGGCGGAUUUGAAGCAGUACGAUCGAGCUAGGUUUGCCUAUGAACGCGCUUUGGAGCUUCGUCCCAGAUACCCGGACUGUUAUUAUAAUUUCGGAAAUUUGUUUGUUGGUUUGGAUAAAAGAGACGAAGCUUUACAAGCGUGGUCGAGAGCGAUCGAAUUGAAACCCACGCACGCACUUGCGUGGAUCAACAUCGUGAUCCUAUUAGACGCCCGGGGCGACGUGGAAGCUGCCAAGUCAGUGGCGAGAGCUGGACUAGAACAGUUACCAGAUAACGCGGGAUUACAUUUCAACCUCGCUAAUUGCUUGGGAAAAGUCGGCGAAUUCGAGGAAUCUGAGAAACAUUUUCUGCGGGCCGUGGAGCUCGAACCAAGAACUGCCGCCUUUUAUUCCAAUUUAGGGGUAUUGUAUCAUCGUUGGAAAAAGUUCAGAGAGGCGGAACAAAGUUAUUUGAAGGCCCUGGCUUUGGAGCCCGAAUUUCGAUCUGCCAAGGAUAACCUUGCUAUGCUCAAGGAGCGCGCUUGAAAAAGCAGCGGCUUUUUGAACGUGAAUUUCUCCCUCUGAUCUUUGACGAGGUCAGUAAGAAACAGCCAAAAAAAAAAUUCUGUAUUAUUCUUUAAUCGCU